AUAAAAAAACAAAACAUUUCCAUUUCAUAUUCUUCCGAUUUACACAAAAAGUGCUUGCUCAAAACGAAAAUCAACAGUAUUAUCGUCAAAAGAACGCACUGCCGGAUCGCGUUUGCAUGUUAAUUCCCCGAAAUACUCAAUUUCCACUCACCUGCGUGCCAAAACAAACAUUUCACUUUCUUUUUUUCUCGCUUAGCAGCAAUCUCUUCGCUGACAAUGGCCGAAGAGGAGACCCAAGAAAAGACAUUCGGAUGCGUGCAUUACAAAAGACGAGCAAAAUUUGUCACUCCUUGCUGCAAGAAAAUCUACUCGUGCAGAUAUUGUCACGACGAGAACGAAAAUCACUAUUUUAAUCGGAAAACCGUGUCGGAGCUCAUUUGCACGGAAUGCAAUACGAGGCAGAAAGUGCAGGCAAAUUGCUCCGAAUGCGGCGUCAAAUUUGGAAAAUAUACGUGUUUGAUUUGCAACUUGUUUGACGACGAAGAUAAAUCACAAUUUCAUUGUUACCUUUGCGGAAUUUGUCGUGUUGGGGGUCGCGGAAGAUUUUUCCAUUGCCAAGUGUGCAACAUGUGCUUACCGCUGCAACUGAAAACCGAUGGGCAUCGAUGCGUUGAGAACGUCUCGCGAUCAAAUUGUCCCGUUUGCCUGGAAGAUAUUCACACAUCUCGAAUACCGUGUCAUAUUCCAGCUUGCUCGCAUCUCAUCCACAAAACCUGUUUUGAAGAAUUACUGUCGUCAGGACAUUAUGCAUGUCCAACUUGUCAAUCAUCGAUGCUCGAUAUGAAGCAACUUUGGGAGUAUCUCGACAGUGAGGUCUUGGCAACUCCAAUGCCGAAAGAAUACGAAAAUUAUUUUGUAGAUAUCUUGUGCAAGGAUUGUCAUAAAGAAUCAACGGUCAAAUUCCACGUCGUAGGACUUAAAUGUACAUUCUGUGGUGCUUACAACACUUGUCGAACGAAUAAAAAGCAAACUCCUGAAUCGUCAAAGGAACCAGAAGCUUCAGCAACAUUACCGCAACCGAGUACAAGCUCAUCCUCAUCUUCCAACUCGAAUUCCUCAAGCUCAAGCUCAGAUGCAAGCAGUGCAACUUCCGAAACUUCAUCGUCAUCGUCCUCUUCCUCGAAUGAAACAGAAAUUGAAGCUCAAAAAGAUGGCGAUGGAGGCGGCAAUGUCGAACGCGCUGCUUAAAAAGAUAUUUUUUUGACCAACCAGUGCAGCUUUUAUCAAGUGAUUUAUUUUUGAAACAUUCUUAUGUUUAAGGAAAAAAAAAGUUUUUUGUUAGUUGUUUAAUGUUAGGGAACAAGAAAAAAAAUAUUUGUUACUGUCUGAAUCUCAAAAUUGUAAAGGUUGGCAGUUUAGAAAAAAAAAUGAUAUCAAUUGGGACAAGUUAAAUUUUUUUAACAAAU